AUGGGGAUUAACUCAGGGAAGACGGUGUUGCUCACUUCCAAUGGCGACGAGAUUUCUAAGAGUAUCACUUUCCAACUAGCCAAACAGGGAUGCAGGCUGGUUUUGAUGGGAGACGAGAGUUGCUUGAGGAGUAUUAGCAGCCACAUAAUGGGUUGCCUGAAGGGCGCUGCGCCGGUGGAGGUGGUCGGACUCGACAUGGAAGAAGAAAGAGAAGGCGUGUUCCACGAGGCCGUUGACAAAGCAUGCAAGAUUCUGGGAAAUUUGGACGCUUUUGUAAACUGUUAUACUUACGAAGGAAAGACGCAGGAACAUCUCGAGGUAGAAGAAGAAGAGAUGAAGAAAAUAAUGAGGAUCAAUUAUAUGGCUGCAUGGUAUUUGUUGAAAGCUGUGGGGCAGAAGAUGAGAGACUUCAACAGAGGAGGUUCCAUUGUAUUCAUGACUUCCAUCAUUGGCGCGGAGAGGGGCCUUCAUCCGGGAGCCGCAGCAUUUGCUUCCGCCAUGGCCGCUGUCCAACAGCUAGUCAGGGCGUCGGCGAUGGAGAUAGGGAAGUACCAGGUGAGGGUGAACGCCGUCGCGCGCGGGCUGCACGCGGAUGAUGAGUACCCAAAAUCAGUGGGAAGGGAGAGGACGGAGAAGUUAGUGAGGAUGGCGGCGCCGAUGGAGAGGUGGCUGGAUGUUAAGAAAGACCUUACUUCCACCGUCAUCUAUCUCAUCUCUCGUGAUUCUCGCUACAUGACGGGAACCACCAUUUACGUGGACGGAGCACAAUCCUUAACCAGGCCCAGACUACGUUCCUUCAUGUGAUUUAAUUUCAUCAUUCUGGUGGGUGAUACGAAGAUAUAUGUCACCGUACCCACAUGAAGUCAAAUUCAAAGGAAUCAAUGGAGUUUUACUUUUACGACCGAAGGAUCUUUCUGCGCAUAUUAUAAAACACAAAGCAGUUAG